AUGUUCCCCAACAGUGAUUCCAAACUUCACUUAAAUCCUUUCAAAAUUAAAGCCAAUAUUAAGAAAGUCACUCAGAAACUCCAAGCCAAAGCUGAACCCCAAGAAGGUGCCAAAAGUAGCGACAGAGAACGCCAAGCCUCGCUUAUGGGUGGGUUUACAAUGUUAGGAGACUUUCUUAGGGAUCAUUUCGGGUUUCUGAGCUUAAGGAUUCAGCCCUCGGCCUCUUGGUGGUCAAGAUCGAGUAAUAAAUUAAUAAAUGUUUUCAUUAUUUAA